UUAAAAUCAAUAUAUACAUUUUAUUACUUUAGUUUAAAAAAAAUAAUUGGUGGUGAAAAUGCAGUCUCUCACAGAUGGAAUGCGUCAGAGAAAGAAUGUGGUGAAAGCUUUCAAAGAAUUGGACGCUUUCCCAAAAGUGCCAGAAAGUUACCAAGAGACGUCAACCAGUGGUGGGACAGUUUCGAUCCUAACCUUCCUAUUCAUCGGUGUGCUAGUAGUUUCUGAAUUUAUGUAUUAUACAAGUAAAAUAACAAAUUAUACCUACAUGGUUGAUAAAGAUGCUGAUCAUAAAAUACGAAUCAAUAUUGACAUGACUAUUGCCAUGGAAUGUGACGAUAUUGGUGCUGAUGUUCUGGACGUAUCAGGUACAAGCAUUGACAUAGAGUCACAUAUUAGAAUGGAACCUUCAUAUUUUCGUAUGAGUAAAAACCAAAAGCGGUGGUGGGAUGCUUUUCGUAUGAUCAGGCAAACAGAGGAGGGGUAUCGGUCAAUUAAUGAUGUGACCAGUAUGCAUCAAGUCUUCGGCAGAGCCUUUGCAACAGCAAUGCCAAAGAAAGAAAUUAAGGAAUUCGAAGGAAAAGAUUUUGAUGCAUGCCAUAUAUAUGGAAAUGUGGAAGUGAAUAAAGUUUCUGGUAACUUCCACAUAACAGCAGGUAAAUCAAUACCACAUCCUCGUGGGCAUGCCCAUCUGAGUUCCCUGGUAUCUGAGUUAAAUUACAAUUUUUCUCAUCGUAUUGAUUUAAUGUCAUUUGGAGAUCCACACCCUGGUAUUAUAAACCCUCUUGAUGGUGAACUGGAAAUUGCUGAAGAUGCAUAUCAUAUGUUUCAAUAUUACAUCAAGAUAGUACCCACAAACAUAAAAGCAUUGAGAAAAGAUAUGAAGGCUAAUCAAUAUUCUGUAACAUAUCGGUCCAGACCGAUUAGUCACAACAGCGGCUCUCAUGGUGUUCCUGGAAUUUUUUUCAAGUACGAUUUUCAUCCUAUUUGUGUCAACGUAAUUGAAAGCUACAGAGAUUUUAGUCAGUUCUUAAUCCGUUUAUGUGGUAUAAUUGGUGGUGUUUUUGCCACGUCUGGCAUGCUUCAUUCUUUUAUUGGUUCCUUAACAGAAUUUAUUAUGGAAAACAUGAAAAAACGACAUAAAUCGGGUUACCACACUGGACAAAAUAACACAUUGAAUCCAACUACAACAAAAACUAAUGCAGCACUAUCAUCUUCAAGCACACCUCAGCCAUUACCUACACCAAGCGUGUCAUUAAUUCCACCACAACAGAUAUCUAACACUUCUGGGACAUGACAUUUUUGUUUGUCAAAUUAGCACAUACAUUGCUAUAUGCAACAAAGACAUCAUUUCAUUUAUCCAGAUACCUAGUGACCUGAACUUUCUGUGUUUUUGUUGUUCGUGUAUGCUUUCCUUCUCGUCAAACUAAUGCAGUUUAACCAGCUUUUACUAUUUUAGAUUUAAAUUUUAUUUUUGAUUGGGGAGGAUGGUUGUAUUUUUUCCAAUUUUUUAUGUCAUGCUUGAUUGUACAUUUACUGCAAAAAUAUUUAUUCAAUUUAUUCUGUAGUGGUUGUGUAUGUGACACCAAUGAUAUUUUUCUAACUA